AUGAAGAACAACUCGAGCUUUCAGAGCACGGGCAGCGCCGGCGGCGGCGGCGGCUCCGGCACGGGCGAGAGAUCCGGCUCUGGCUCCUUCAACCUCCGGUACCUGUCCAAGAUCAUCCUCCCGCCGCUCGGCGGGCCGCCCGGCCAAAGCCAGUCCCACGGCGGGUCGGACAAGUGGGUCAUCUCGCCGCUCGACUCCAGAUACAGGUGGUGGGAUACGUUGAUGGUGGUCAUGGUGGCGUACUCGGCGUGGGUGUACCCGUUCGAGGUGGCCUUCAUGAACGCGUCCCCCAAGGGCGGGCUGGAGGUGGUGGACCUCGUCGUGGACCUCUUCUUCGCCGUCGACAUCGUGCUCACCUUCUUCGUCGCCUACAUCGACCCCAGGACCCAGCUCCUCGUCCGCGACAGGAAGAAGAUAACCUUCAGGUACGUGAACUGCCCUGCACGCACCGUGCCUUUUUGCCUUGCUCCAUCUCUCUGCGUUGCAAUUGCAACGUCAUAG